AGUUAUCGAUGAGCUGUGCAGUGAGCAACUGGUUGGAGCGAGCCACGGAAUGGCACAGUUGUGAAAAUAAAUUUCGUAUCAAAUUAAGUGAUUUAAUUUUUUUUUAUAAUUUUUUUUUUUUAAUUUAAUUUUUUAAAUAAUUUCCAAAAAAUUAAAAAUUUUUUUGCAAAAAAAAAUCCAGAAAAGCUCGAAGUAGAUUUUUAUCUUUUAUAUUUUACCCUAAAUGGAAAUAAUAACAACAACGAGAAGUAAAAUCGCACGUGAAUAUUGUUUUUCUUUGUUCUUAUUCCCGUAUUCUUGCGAAUCAAGUUAGUCAGCAGAGUUUUGUCUCUUGUCAAUUUCGUCAGAAGUCGCCUGUGUUUGCCUUUUUGCCAAGUCGUGGUCGUGGCCAAUAUUUGUACCUUUAAAGCGAGUGUGACAGUUUUCUCUGUGUCUGGCGUUUUUUUUUUGUUUUUUUUUUUGUUUUUCCUGCUCUGUUGCAAUCAUGUAGAGAUUUUCUACAUCAAAAGAAAAAAGAAACUCACACAAUUCGGGUCGUUGUCCUUUUGCAUGACUUACACUAUCAAUUCAUGCAAUAUACUGAUUUUAUUUAUCCUUCUCGGUUAGUUACCCUAUAAUUUUUUUUAAUUAAAAAAAAAAAAAACCGUUAACAACUCAACAAACUCCACACCAAUUUUUAUUGCCAAUAAUUUUUUGAAACAAAAAAAAACAAGUGCACUUGUGCCAAAAUAAUUCUCCUAGAGUUGCCAAAGUGUCAAUUUUGUUUAAAUUGAUUCUUCUCUUUUGUUUGGUUUGUUUGAACUGUGAGUGACGGAAGUAAAGUGCGUGUUGUUUUCUAUAUACUUCAAUCCACCCACCGAUUUGUGCGUUUUGAAUUUAAAAAACCAAAAAAAUAAAAAUAAAUAAAGCAAAAAAAAAUCAUUGAAAUAGAAAAUGAACAAAGCAACGAGAAAAGUCGCCCCCGAUGGCGGAUGGGGAUGGGUUGCCACAUUUGGUGUCAGUCUUGUUAAUCUUUGUACACGUUCAAUAGAACCAUCAUUUGGCCUUCUAUUUGGUGAUUUAUUAAGUGAUCUCAAUGUGGGGACCACCGGAGCAGCUGUGAUUAUAAGUACCUUAGAUGUAUGCAUGAAUUUCUCUGGACUAUUUGUUGGUCCAUUGUUAAAAGAAUUCUCCUACCGCAAAGUUGCCAUCGCUGGAUCAUUAUUAUGUGGCCUUGGUUUAGCCCUAACCUCCCCUGCCAGUAGUAUGCCACACAUUUUAGCCACGUAUAGUGUCAUCAAUGGCAUCGGUGUUGGCCUGUCCACAUCGGCGGCUUUUGUUGCCCUCAAUCAUUACUUUAAGAACAAACGAGGGCAGGCAGUUGGCUUAUCUAUGGCUGGCACAGCUAUGGGUAUGCUAAUAAUGCCACAAUUAGUUAGAAUACUACUCGAAGCUUAUGCCUUCCAAGGGGCAGUUCUAUGUCUUGCCGCAGUAGCUUUAAAUGCUUUGGUUGGUUCAAUUCUAUUGCAACCAGCAAAAUGGCAUAUGAUUGACGAACCAAUGGAUGUAGAAAUGCUGCCAGUACCGGAAAUGGAGUUCGAUCCGAUCAAGGAAGCUGAAGACGAAGAUGCCUUGCCAGAGAUGAAUACCCUGCUGUUUACAAAACAUCCCGAGGCCAAUAGCAUGAGGAAGAAUUUCUCCGAAUUGGCUAUGAGCUCGAUGAAUGGUAACCGGACGGGUAUUCCCAAAAGAACAUCAUUUCCAAGGAUCAUGUCUCUGGCAGGAGUACAGUCGGCCGAAAGGAAUUACUCUAAUAGUGACAUGAAUGCAGUGCUAAGGCACCGCAAACAAUCGGUCACAUCUAACUUGUCUCUGUUGGAUUUCACAGGAAGCAUUCUUCAGGUUCACAUGAACACCGGCGAUGCUGAUUUUGAGCGACAAGAUCGUGAGCUAAAGCGUGUGCAUACACUAUCGGGGAGUCUAGCCAAUCAUGACACCAACCAGGAUUCGUUCAUCAAAAUGAAGCCGACGGAGAGUGAAAAGAAGCAACUUGAACAGAGUAGCAAACAGGGGAAGCCAGGAUUUUGGAAAAGGUUUGCCGAUCUGAUGGAUGUGGAUUUACUCAAAGAUAGGAUGUUUUUGAAUAUUCUGUUUGGUCUGUCAAUAUUUUACGUAGCCGAGAUGAAUUUCAAAAUGGUGACGCCAUUUUUCUUUGCCAAUUUGGGAUAUCAUAAGUCGGAUGUCGCUUUUUGUUUGUCAAUUACUGCUAUCACAGAUAUUGCAGCGAGAGUUGUAUUGCCUCCGAUAUUUGACAGGACGAAUAUCAAAAAGCGAACGAUUUUUUUAAUCUCGAUUAUUUUUGUGGCUAUUACGAGAUCAAUAAUGGCAGAGCAAACUGAAUGGCAUGCAUUAAUGGUUUGGCUGUCAAUAUGCGGUUUCUUCAGAGGUUCAGCUUUGAGUAAUUUUACACUCACAGUAUCAGAAUAUUGUUCGCUGGAAAAACUACCAUCAGCCUUUGGCUGGCAUUUGGUGGGUAAAGCAGUAUUUGUUAUUUGCUUUGGACCACUUAUUGGUGCUAUUCGUGAUCUAACACAAAGUUAUCCUAUUUGCAUUCAUGCCCAAAGUGUUUGCAUAUACAUUUGCAGUAUAGCUUGGGGAACUGAAUACCUUUUAACAUAUUUACGAAGUCGCAAGAAGAACAAAGAACAACAAAACGAUAUUAAACAGUAACACAAAUAUUUAACAAAAAAUAA